GUACCCCUCAAGAUAAGAUCAAGAUAGGUGAUUCACAUCAGCAGCAGCGUUGGAGAUCCACCGGUCGGACAACACAUGGAUCCCCAGUGAGAAGAGCGGGCACUCCGGCCACGGGGGUCUGAUGGCGCUGAGCUCUGAGGCCUGUGUCUCUGGCUCAGGAGGAGAGUCCUCCGGGAGUGAGGCGGGUUCGAGCUGUCUUCAGUUUGGGGUUCGUUCCUAUCUGCACCACUUCUAUGAGGAGUGCUCGUCCUCCAUGUGGGAGAGAGACCCCGAGGAACCGGGGUUGGCCCAGAGCCAGAGGUCAGCCCUGUGGUGGAACUCAGCAGUCUGGAAGGUGUCCUUGGCCCUGGGUCUCCUGAUCCUGACUGCAGGUAUUGCCAGCCUGUCAGUCGGUUACUCCACCCCUCAUAAAAUCGAGUCGUUCGGAGAGGGAGAACUGUUCUUCCUGGACAGCCGUGCUGUCAGGUUUAACAGGGGGCUGCACCUCAGCACCGCAACCGGGAUCGGGCUCUGCUGUUUCGGCUCAGCCCUGGCGGCGAUGGGGGUUGUCUUUUGGAUCCUCCCCAGGGCCAACUUGAAAGAGAGGCUGUUCCACAGACCGGGGGAAGGAGAACGGAGAGAAGAGUCAGGGUCAAAGUGGAAGGGAUUUAGGGAUCCCGGGGAUGUGGUCACUAAGCCGCCAGGUAUAGAGGGGAAGAUACCCGUCACACUGUCAAAAGUGGAAAUUGUGCAGUCCACUUCUUAAAAAGUAUGCCUGCUGAGCUACAUUGUGUACAGGCUUUUGUUCUAGUCCCGGGGCCUCAUUUACCUGGUCUGGUGCCAAGUGUCAUUUUAGCAUGCAAAUUGUUCAAAUGGAGGUUGUUUUGUGAUAUUGCAGUUAGACCAAAAAGGCCUGGACACACCAGGAUUUAAAAGGGUGAUCAUCAAAUAAUCUGUGCAAAUGUUUCAUGUAGAGUUCAACUUUGACACAACAAUUUGCGCCGUCUUGACAACACUUACCUCUAAAGGGAUGGAGAGCCUGAGAGACAAAAAUAGAGCAAGUUAUCAUAGCUUAUUAGCUAUAUUGCACUAUCCACUUUUAUUUAACCGUCCUGUUAGCAGAUAAACUGCUCCACAAAAGAGGAAUGGUGCAGACAGUUAUGAGAGGAGCCAACGGUACAAAUAUGUAAUUCGAAUAAACUGCGUGAACUCAUUGUACCCUUCGUCGACCGGGCUAAGCUAAUUGGCUACCUAACCGAUAGGAAGGUUGUGAGCAGGGAGUGUAAACAGAACAGUAAAGAGAAAAUAGAGAGAAGCUCCUGGAGGUAUUGUGACGGACUAAUGCUAGCCUAGCCGAGCUGGUUAGCAAGUUAGCUCGCCAGCUAGACAGUCAGAGACUGGGUAUUUUAUCCUGUCCUCGACCACUCGUAUGUUGAUUUAAUCGACAGAUCUGUAAGAUCUGGAGUUUCUCCACAAAGAAUCAUGCAAAAGCACCACUUUAAAUCUUGUGUUUAGCAGAGAUUUGCUCAUAAGUUUCUUGGAAAUUCAUUCAUUCAGCACGAAAAAAAGCAUAAAAACGACUAAUUGACUAAAGAAAUCUUAGUCGACUAGGACCAAAAAUGACCGAUUCGUUGACUAAUCGACUAAGAGGGGGCAGCCAUAGUACGUUAAACACAUAUCUGGCUUCAAAAGCACAACUUGAUCUAAAUAGAUCAUCUAUUUGUUUUAAUAAAACUAAAUUAAAACAUAUAAAUGAGGUGAUGAUAUUGCAUAGAUCACAUAGAAGACCUAUGUUUCCAUUCACGUGCACACGGAUUGCAGGACUUUAAAUUUGCCGCUCACAUGCAGAAGAAGGGUUAAGGAUAAGAAAAUAAAAAAAAAACAUUACCAAUAUCUACAUUUUCUCUCCACUAAUGCUGUUCCUGUAAGAUCAGCUUGUUGAUGCAUAAUGCACAUGCACUCACCCGCUCACUGACACACCCACACACAAUUCAUGCCCCAUUGACAAUAUCACCUAUUUUCUCCCCACUGUAAUCUGGCUCUGUAAUUGCUUGCAAUGUGUCUCCAGGCAACAGUUAGGCUUCAAGUGCUCCAUAUUCAACUCCGAACAAAGACUCUUUUCUGAUUGGCCCAGCACUUCCCCCCUCUUUAGUUACACUCCAAUCAGAGUUUUUGUGUACAGGCUCACACAGUGAGUGGUGAUGCGGUGGGUCACGUCCACCUGUUUGAUCAGGUCCUCCGGUUUAAUGAAAUUAGCUUGAAUAAUAGAGAGUACACGUUAGAAAAGAAAUGUAAAAAAUAGAAUAAUCAUGAUGUCCUGUUGGUUAACUGCACCCUAUUCCAUUGGAUGUUACUAUUGAUGUUUGAUUGUUUUGUUGUGUUAUUGGCUAUGAUGAAGAUAAUGGAAUAAAAUAAGGAUCAAGUGUCACUAGUGCAUAACAAUAAACUUGUGAUCGGCAUACCUAAA